AGUCCCGUCACCGCCUCCGUUUGUUUUAAGCCGAAACCCUUCCUUCAUUUCUCGCUUGGGCGCCCGAUCGCCUGGAGAACGAAGGAUUCUUUGAGGGUGUAAAGGAUUUUCUUUUUUUGUUUUUCCUUCCUGAAGGACGAAUCUGUUGAUUCGACGAACCGUUUUGGUUUCGAUGUUUUAAGCGUGGAGUUUGAAGCUAUCAUCAGGUGUAAAGGGGAAGAAUCUGAAGCCAUUUUCAGGUUUAUCCUCAUUUGGGAAUCAUUAGGAAAAGAAGGAAAAACAAUGAAGCUGACGGCUGUAUUGGCAAGAAUACGACCGUAGGGUAUUCUGGAUAUUCUACAAUGAAGGAAGAAGUGAAUACAUAGCCUGUCUUGUUGCAAGGAGAUAGAUUAGGCUAAGAUUGAUGGUACCUUCAUGGAAGAUAGAUGGAUGAUAGCUGGUGUUGACUGUUCAAGGAUGCAAUUCUGUUGAAAUAGGCUCUCUUUUGUUGUCGUGUCAUUAAAAAAGAAUGCCAGAGGUGGUGAGUGAAGGGAUGGCUCAAACUUCAUCUGGGAAUGCUGUUAGUGGGUUCUGGAUUUGGAGACCUGCUUAUCCGACAGGUUUAAGAAGAUCCAGAUUAAGCCAUCUCCAGAAUUUUGUGACCCCAUCUGAUAACAAGGAAAAUAUUCCUCCAACAAGUGCAAGGCGCUCAGUUAGGCAAAGGAAGAGUCCGCUGCCAUAUUGGUAUCCUCGAACUCCUCUCCGGGAUAUCACAGUUGUUGUCAAUGCUUUGGAGAGAAGACGGCUGCGUGCUAGAGCAACUAAUGUUCAGCAGAGGAACUCCAAUCUUGAGGAAUUGUCUAUGGGUAGCCCAGUAGUUGAUGAUGAGUUGAAUGCUUAUGAACAUACCCCUAUUAGUCAAAUUCUCCCUUCGGGUGGUUCUAAUACCUCUUCAAGUCCUGCAGAUACUGAUCUUAGUGAUGUUGUCUCUUCUGAAGUUUCUGAUACUUCUCCAAGUGUUGUAAAUACUCCUAUUGCUCAAGUUCUCCAUUCUGAUGUUUCUGAUACCUCUCCAAGUCAUGCAGAUAGAGGCUAUACCGUGGCUACUCCUAUUGGGCAAGCUGUGAUCACGCCAUCUUCCAACACAGCCACUACUGAGCAUGCUUUGUGCUCGGAAUCUGCAGAAGACCCAAAAACAGUGGAGUAUGAGAAGAAGCUGCAGACGAUCAUUGAGGAGUUGGAAUUAGUUGUGAAAAAGAACUUGAAGAGGACACCCUCCCGACCUGUGCAGAAGUCCACACGCAUUCUCAUGUCUAUGAGAUGAGUAUAGAACAUUUUGUUCAUGAAGGGUUAUGCCAGCAUCUCUGCUGCCUAUACCCUUUGUGAUUCUAUCGUUGCUUGGGUUUACAGGUUUAGGGCCAUGGUUAAGCCAGUAUCUCUGCUGCCUAUAUCAUAUCUGAUAUUCCGUUGCUGUCGCCCACCCCCUCUUUUCUAUACUUCUUUCGUCAAUAGUAUCACACACCUCGGUGAGAUACUAGGGUAUUGUAUAAAUCUGAAUGGUUAUGGCUUGGUGAGUGUUUUUCACCAAUGUACAUAUUGCAACAGUGCUUUUUUUUUUUUCCCAUUCUACAAAUUUGAAUCUCUUAAAGUGCACCAGUUGCAUCUUUUCUGGUGCCUGAUGAGAUUUGAUAAAGCUAGUUAAUCUUUUAGUGACUGAGGGCUAUUCCUCAUUUAGCUACUUUGAAGGAUUAUGAUCCUCUCGCAAUAAUGUAGACAUGCAUUUAAUA